AUGACACGAGCCAUAAGCAAGACAGGACAUGGCGACAAAUCUGGGGCAGUUGGCUAUGUGCUGUAUGCCGACCAGCUUGUCAAUUGGGCUAGACAAGGAUCCCUGUGGCCGUUGACGUUUGCCUUGGCCUGCUGCGGCAUUGAAAUGAUGCACACCUCCAUGCCCCGAUACGACCAGGACCGACUGGGGAUCAUCUUCCGGGCCUCGCCCCGUCAGGCGGAUGUGAUGCUCAUAGCGGGCACGGUAUGCAACAAGAUGGCGCCUGCGUUGCGACAACUGUACAACCAGAUGCCGGACCUAAAAUGGGUGAUCAGUAUAGGCAGCUGUGCAAAUGGGGGCGGGUACUAUCAUUACAGUUAUGAUGUUGUGCGGGGGGUGGAUCAGAUUGUCCCUGUGGAUAUCUAUGUGCCGGGCUGUCCUCCUACUGUGGAGGCUCUCUUGCAGGGCAUCUUUCUGCUACAAAAGAAGAUGAGGAAGACUCCAGUGACAAGGAUGUGGUACAGAAGAUGA